AUGUCUGGUCUAUCUGCAGCUGGUUUGGGAUUUUCAUGGUCCUCUAAACCAACUCAACAAAAAACAAACGACAAUAAAAAACCCACAUCGAAAUCAUCAAAAUUUUCUUCUCAAAAUCUCAGAGCCCAUUGUUUUCCCCAAGUUCCAAAUUUUCUCUACACCCAUCAUCUCUCUUCCUCAGCUGCAACCUCACCCUGUGGAACUCUUGAAAAACCAGCCAAGAUUUUAGCAAAUCCAUGGCUUAUAGAAAGGCUUGUGCUUGCUGAUUUGAAUCCUGCUACAGCAAAGCUGGCAAUAGGGUUUCUUGGCCCUUUUUUGUCUGCAUUUGGGUUUUUGUUCAUUCUGAGAAUAGUGAUGUCUUGGUACCCUAAACUUCCAGUUGAGAUGUUCCCUUACAUAAUUGCUUAUGCGCCGACCGAACCGUUACUCGUUCGGACGAGGAAGAUUAUACCGCCGUUGGCUGGAGUUGAUGUUACCCCUGUUGUCUGGUUUGGUCUGCUGAGUUUUCUCAAUGAGAUUUUAGUUGGCCCACAAGGGCUUCUUGUUCUUCUGUCUCAGCAGGUUUAG